GUUUGUGGAAAAUUUGCAUAAUCUGGCCACCGCGGUCUCCAGCGGCAAGGCAGGAAGUGAACGGAGCAAAAGAAGAAAAAUUUAGUGGAAAAUCAUAGGAAAAUCAAAUCCCACAGUUUCAGACGAGGAGGGAGGGGUGAAUUACCACCGGGUUGGGAUUACAUAAAGAUUACGCGAUAGGCCGACCCGUGUCGGAACGAAUAUAGAAUCUGUACCAAAUUUUCUGUGUUUGUGUUUGCGCGAUUUUUUUUUGCUCUUAAGGGUGCACAUCGCAAUUAGAAAAAAAGCAAAAGAAAAAUUGCGAGUAAAAGUGAGUGAAAAUAAAACGCGGUUUGCGCGGCGGGAAAAUUCGCGACACCGUCGUGAGAAAUAAGAGAGAGAAAAAGUGGAAAAGGGGGGUCAAGUGCAAUACCCCCGUUUGGGAUCUGUGAAACAGGGGAAACGGGAGGAAAUCUCGUGAUUUGCUCGCGUGUGUGAAUACUCUAAACCAACUCGUGAAAAAAGGUCGUGCGUGGUCGAGUCAUCGGCGCUGUGAGGCUGCAGCAGCUACGGAUCGUGACGCCAGAGACGGCGGACGUGACGUCAAGGUGAAGACGUAGUUGGAACGCAAAUCUCACGGGCCAAGCUGGAGGAACCGGACGACAGCAUGCAGGUAGUGUCCCCCUGCUCGGCGGCGACCUCGGUCUCCGGGACCGAAACCAUCGUCGCGUCUCCUACUCCUCCGCCUCCGGUCAUUCCGUUCAGUGUACCGUCGUCGGUUGUUCCGCAAACAAAUUCCUCCGGUAGUGCAAGUGCUCCAACGACUACUACAACAACAACAUCAAAUCCGUCAACAGCAGUGCCAUCAAAAAGUGAAUCUCCUGCGCCGCCGGUAGUGGUAGUGCAACCGCAAUCGCGACGGGAAGAACCGGUGACGGAACCACCGACGGGGACACCGCAAAAGAAGACUCUACCUGGGGAUGAGGGCCCGGGUGGGGACACCGGAGAUCCGGUGGGGUCAACGACGGAACAGCAACCACCGCCGUUGAUGCAGCAGCUGAACCGGUUGCUGACUCCGCCGGACGACCUGCUCCAGUGGAAGGACAUGCCCCAGCAUUUGCAGUUCAACCCGUACGUGCUGACCGGGUACCGGCCGCUGCAGGGCGUCAAGGGAUGCCUCAGCAGUCUGUUCUACGUGCAUAAUGAGACGAUUAAUAUUUUAACACACGGCAUUCCAAUAGUGUACAUCCUGGCCACAGUUCCGGCAAUGAUGCCAUGGGAGAAGGAGUACCGCUUUCUCUCGUGGUGCCAUCUGGUCGGUUCUGUUGCGCCCUGGUGCGGCAGCUUCGUCUAUCACCUCUUCAUGAAUUUGGAACUCGGCGAGGGAAUGUACUACCGGCUGCUGCAGCUCGACAUGCUCGGCAUCUGGAUCAGCCAAAGCUUUGGUGCCCUCCCGAUGGUAACGGCAACGGUGUACUGCCUCGGUUGGCCCAUCAAGUGGUUCAUCAUCAUAUCGUACUCGUUGCUGUGCAUUUGGGGUCUGUUUAAGGCAAUGACGGCCUCUUCGCCGUGGCAACGACGGAUCUGCUUCCUGUUGCCCUUCACCAUGCGGAUCCUGCUCACGGUGCUCCGGAUAUCGAAGGUUGGCGGGGGCAAUCCGACCUCGCUGACGCACGUGUUCCUUCAGGACGCGGUGUCGGCGGUGGGCGGGGUCAUCGGGGCGAUGCACAUCCCGGAAAAGUGGUUCCCGGGCAGCGUCGACAUCUAUCUCAACUCGCACAACAUCAUGCACGUGCUGGUCGUGAUGGCCGUGUACUCGAUGCAUCAGGCCACCAUCCGGGACAUUGAGUGGAUGCAGCGGGCGGAAUGUUCCGGCGCGAACCUAACCUCGUCGCUGAACAUAGAAGGCAUCAACGGAACCCACCUGGAGCUAUGACCAGCUGGCGGCGAAAUGUUUGCGUCAAAAACGUGUGAUACUGGCAACGCUGGUUGCCGCCAUCUUGCCCACUUUUGCACCCCUGCGGCGAAGGGGCUCGGACAGCGAUAGGGUCACUUCCACUUCCUGUUUGUCUGGGCGCCAUCUUGAAUUGUACCUCCCCAACCCCUCAAAUUCACCACAACGCGUGACGACGGAAAUGCGCGUUUUGGGGAUGGAAUGACCCCCCUUUAAAGCUAGUUUUAAGGCAUGAAAUUUUAGGAAAACAGAUGGAUUCGUCCCCAAAAAUGUAGGCAAUUAUGUGGCGAACAUAACCUCAGCUCUUGGUUGUCAUUUUGGCCCGCUCAAAUUGGCCGACAUACAACCACUCAACUUUGACAAUUGAUACACUCUGAAUUGUAGAAAAUUAUUUUAGCGUGCAUGCUAAAGAUGUAGAGUAAAAGAAGAGUGUUGAACAAAUAGAGGUGACGAUACUCUCCCCUGAGUCACACAGAGUGUAAGGCAAACUACAAAACUUUUGAUUUUUGCUAAAUGAACGACAAAAAAAGAAGUAUUGGUAUUAUAAAAAUGUGUAGAAAUGCAACACUACUAAGAAUACUCAUGAGUUGAUUCCUAUUACUACUUAAUUAAUUAGUUAGAUCAAUUAUAUUGAAAACACUCUGCAUGAAAUCUCCAGUUGAAGAAUGAAGGUAGUUCAUUAUCAUCGGUAGAUUGUGAACUAGUUCCACUCACCACCAGCAAUCCUAUCAAAAAAGAAAACAUUAAGCUAUGUAUAAUUUAUUGCAAUUUAGUAGCUUAGUAACUUCCUCCUAAUAUAUAAAAAUUGUAGUCAAAGUAAAAGAUCCAGCGUUAGAAACUAUAUGGAACAAAGCAAAAGGCUGUUUAAAGUUAAUUUAGGUAUGAUUUCCAAAAUCAAGCUUCGUUUCAGCUCUGCAAUCGUGUCUGUAAGCGAGACAUUAUUAGGUUGAAUUGAAAUUAAAGAGUCCCGAUUUUUAUUUUUUCUUUAGUUAAAAAAAUGUGUUUUUGUUUCGGUUUUCCUAGCUUGAACGAGACAAACUUCUGUUUAAAGUCGGCAAAAAGAAGUUAACGUGUGCAAUUUUAAUUUGUAAUGCCCAUGCAGCAAAAGCUGCUUUUACCUAAAUUCAAGUUGAUUCGUUUGAACGUGUAGCUUGACAUUUUCACACCUCGAAAAUACCCAUGUGUUGAGAAUGACGUUAAUGUUUAGUUGAAAUUAUUUUCCUGACAAUUAGGUUUUACAUCGUGACGUCAUUUGACAGCUCGUGUGCACUGUUUACAUGGUCUUCGUCGAUUGUCGACGAAUUUCCCCGAACAAAAUCGACGACCGCAUCGAACUGUGCUAAGUCCAUGUAAAUAGUGCACUCCUUCUAACCUCCAAAUUGAGUCGGCGUAAAACCUAAUAGUUGGCACACUUCUUAACUCAGGUUUUGCAAAACCCAAACCAUUUCAGAAAUGAAAUUUGGAAAAGUAAAUUAAAGCUUCCUUGGGUGAAUGCUACUCGAGAAUGAGUAAAUUUAAAUCAAUACAAAAAUAUCACUCAAAUUUAGAUGAAAUUCGUCAGAGAUGACUCAGAGAAUGCUCAUUUUAGCACCCUCAAUUCAAAUCACUCAGUUUUCGAAGUAACGUCAUGAUUCGAAUUCCCGGACGCUUCGAAACCCGGACACUUCAACUUGUUUUAUCAAUUAUUUGGAUAUAAGUUCGCAUUAUGAAUGUUAAAACUGUGUUUUUUGAUGAAUUCUAACAUCAACUUUGAUUUAAAGUUUGUUUGAACGCUGUAUUUUUUGCCAAAACAAUUAAAUAAAAUAAAAUUAUAAGAUUACCAAAAAUGUGAAACAUUUCAACGGAAAUAUUUCAUAGGCGUCCGAAGCACCGGGAAGGCCGAGCAGAAAUUUAUGUUUUUGAUUUCCUUAAAUUCUAGCAAUUUUUUAUACAAACUAUCGAUUGUUUUGAUGUUAACAGCUUAUUUGAGACCUAAAGAAUGCCAUUCACUAACAAUUCAGUCUAAAUUUGUGCGAUUCAUAAGCAAAAUCGAGUGUCCGGAAUUCGAAGCAAAAGUGUCCGGAUUUCGAAUCAGCUUUUAACAGUGUCCGGGAUUCGAAGCACAACAAGUCAUUUUAAUUUUAAAAUUCUGAUGAAAUAUUGUUAGAAAAGACAUAUUUUGCAUGCAUUAUCUUAAAACUGACUGUUUAUAUUAAAUCUUGAUGAUAUUUCUACAUUUCCAACUUAUUACAUGAUUUUUUGCCAGCUUUAACAAAAAUUAUAUGGUACUAAGUGUCCGGAUUUCGAAUCAUGACGUUAGUUUGAUUUCUGAGUUCAAUUCACUAAAAUCUGACAUUUGCACCACUUACUUAUUUCUGAGUAGGUUCUGUUUCGAUAAAAACUGAGUGAUUUCGAAUGUGCCUGUAAGUAAGUUCGGUUUUAUGGAAAUUUGAUUGAAGAUUACUCAGAAAUGAUUUUUUCAAGGCUGAACGAGUGAUUUUCUUACGUGCUUUUGAAUAUUUAAAUCCACUUUUUUUUCAUGAGGGCUGGUACAUUUUUUAAACUUGGUCUGAAAAAUCAGAGGACAAAAAAUUAUUUUUUCAAAAAAACUUCAAAAUUUCAAUGUGAAUUUAAGUGAAAUCAAUUUUUAAUACAUUCCCCUGCGGUUAGAAUCAUUUUUUGCAUGUUUGGGUUGAAAGUUUAUUUUCAAUAACAUUUUUGUUUUCGUCAAAUGUUUUUUUUUUGAAAACUAAUGAUUGCAAAACAAAAGAAACAAGUGUAAAAUGUAUUUUAAAAGAAAGAGUUUGGAAAUGUUGCAAGUAUGGCUUGACGACCCCGACCAGGGCCGACGGACAAAAACUUUGAACAAUAUUUCCAUCGGCCUUAUCUUCAAUUAAAUAUUUAUGAUUUUUUAAAUCUAAUUGCUUGAAAUGGUCUUCUUUUAUUCUUGAGUAUAGAAUAAAAGAUACAUUUCAUGCAAAAUAAAAUGGUUUUUUUAGAAAUUAGUAACAAAUUGACGAGAGUCUUUAAUUAAAAAUAAAUAAAUUUCAAGGUGUUGGACAAGCCUGUCUGUUAAAAAAAUAAUUGUUUUCAUUUUCUUUUAUUAUGAUUUUCACUACCACCAAAUCUGGGUAAAUUUAGAAGAGAAAAAAUCAAAUCCGGAAGAGAUCCGGAAAAAGAUUCGGCAGCAAGUUUGAACUGAUUUGACGUUUGCCUGGGUAGUAGAGAUGUUUGGUUAUGUCAUUGCUUUCAAGAAACACUGACGUCCAAUGCGCCAUAUUUAAACAUUGAGAUUAUCACUUUUACCCAAUUGACGUUGAAAUCUAGAGUUUUCUUCGAGAAAAACUUGAAAAUUAGGUGUGAGAAGGAUACACAAAAUUUUUACCUUUGGUGCACGCACGUUCAAAAUUACUCAGUUUUCGUCGAAACCAAACCUACUCUGCAAUGAGUAACUUGGGCUUCUGUCAGAUUUGAGUCAUUGCACUCAAAAAAAUAUCUGACAGAUGCCCCAUUUACUCAUUUCUGAGUAGGUUCGGUUUUGACGAAAACUGAGUAAUUUUGAACGUGUGGGUAGACAAAUAUUCUUUUGCCCUUGCAGCAAAAGUGGCUUUAACUCAAAACCAUUUAUGUUUAUUUUAAAGUGUAACAUAUUUUUACACUUAGAUUUCAACUUACUCAACAAGUGGACAUGGCAAAAUCGGUAAAAUCCAGAUCAUACCGAACUGGCCAAAGUUUUCUAAAUCACGAAGUCAAUUUCCCUCCCUCUAAGUUUCUCGAUGUUGCCAUCUGCCAGUUAGUAGAAAGUUUCGACCAUAAGUCGAAAUGUUUUAUUUUUUUGUUGCGCUUGCAGUGCGUAGAAUAACCACAAAAGAAUCAAGUCAUGCUAGAAAAGAAACUUGCAUAAAAGUGAUGAAAUCAUUGACCAAAACCAUCGUAAUAAGUAAGCUAGUGUUCGUAAAGUUAAUUUAUAAUUUUGCAUGGCAUAGCGUGAAUAUACUAGAAUAAUCAUAGAUAUUCUCUUGCAAGAUACGGAAGAUAAAAAAAGUGAAGCAAUACAAAAUAGUAUUAUGCAAGCCCUUUAUUAUUGGUGACAAUGAGAACCCCUUACACUCAUUACUAUCGUUUAGAGCAGACAACUUUCGAAAAAAUAGAAGAAAAAAUCUCGUGAAAAUAACCCAAAAAACUGUUGGUUUCCAGAUUUUGUACAAACUCAUGCCGCACGCAGAAACAAUAGAAAACUCGUAGUCAGAUUUAACCUUUGAUUGAUUUGCCACGAUAAACACAGUAAAAAACAUAUCAUGUGUGAAACAUGUUCAGUGAACUCUGUCGAAACGUUGCCCAACUUCCACCUCUCUAUUAACGAUUUGUGAGCGCGCGCUGUAGAAAUUGUGCACUGCUUGAAAGUAAAAGGUACAGAAAACCCCCCCUCAAAUUAAUGUUGUUUAGCAUCAAGAAAAUAGAGAAAAGAGACCGAUAGUGGAUAAAAGAAAGCAGCAAAUUUUAGCAAGAAAUAGAUUCGUUCUCCCGUGGAACAGCACACAAGAACUAUGAACAACAAAACCAAACUUUGUGAUAUACAAACCCUGUGUAAAAAGAAUCUUAUCACCGCAGAUGUUGGAGAACUUCCCUUAUCGCAAAAAAAAACGAAAGAAAAAAAGGCGAAAUUUGUUAAACUGUAUUUAAACCUUCCCAUCAUUUGUAAAAUACCAAAUUGGCACGUCGUGAAAAGGCCACAAUUAGUAGGAAAGUAAGAGCAAACAAAAUAAAAAAAACGCUUAUAUCCUUCAAUAUCUUGCUGGUUUGAACUUGCCUAUCGAUUUAAAGAAAAGUAAAAAAAUAUCACGAUAGAACCACCCGUUCAUUCUCAAGUUUCUCUAACUAGCGUCCUUUCAUCUCGUUGCUGUAAACAUAACCAAGAGUAAAUAAAUUAUCUUCAGAAUUCACAAAACGUUCAGCCAAAGAUAAGACAAAAACAAAAAAUAAAAUGAUUGAAUUACUCGAACCGGUUCGAAUCGGGGCAGUUUAACCACCAAGUUUAAUUCGCAACAACAACAACAAAAAAAAAGAGAUUCUGAACCAUACGAGUGCAACAAGUAACUAAUAAAGUCUUUUACAAAAAGUAUGA